UAUUAGAUUUUUUGGAAGUAGUGUUUUGUAUUAGAUUUUUAGAUCAUACGUGUGUUAGUUAGUGUGCAUUAGUGUUUGUGUGUAGUGUUUGUAGACGGUUUUUAGUGUUUAGUGUGUGUCAAAAUGAGUCGCUACAUGACUGCGCAGCAAGCCCUGAAGUACAUGUACGAAUGUGAAGAGGACGAAGGCGCGCUGCCAGAAGGUUCGGACUCGGAGUUUGAGCUUGACGAUGAGCUUGGUGAUCCCUCCAUUCUAUUCAGGGAGGAGGAGGAGGAGGAGGAAACUCCCACGUGCUCUGUCCAGUUGAGGCCCACACAUCAGAGGUCACCACGGAGAGCGCAGCGAACUCGGACAAGAUCCAGAUCUCCUCUGACUGAGGCAGCACCAGAAACACGGGCUGGACAGUGGAACACUGAAGAGGACGCAGAUGCAGCCCCUGUUGUAAGCCGCUUUCAACCAAGGAGAACACCAGGACCACAGAUGGAUCUGAUGUCCAACCACAGUCCAAGUGAGCUGUUUUUGUUGUUUUUUGCAGCUGAUACAGUCAAAACCAUCUGUGACAACACAAACAGAUAUGCUGCAAAAAAUCAAGCAAAUGGAAAAAAAUAUAAAUGGGCUGAAUUAGACACAGAGGAGCUGUAUAGGUUCUUUGGUCUAUUGAUCUAUAUGUCCUUGGUGCAACUACCAAGUGUCCAGGACUACUGGAGACAAAAUCAUUUUUUGUCUGUUCCAACUCCAGCUAAGGUCAUGACAAGGGACAGGUUCAGGACCAUUAUGUGGAACUUGCACCCAAGUAAUCCUGAGGAGGAUGUCAAAAAUGACAAAAAGAAGGGAACACCAGGCUACGACAAAUUAUCAAGACUGCGGCCUGUUUAUGAUGACAUCCUCAAUGCCUGUCAGGCUUACUACCAACCAAAGAGGGAGCUGGCAGUUGACGAAAGGAUGGUGCCAACAAAGGCAAAAACUGGCAUGACCCAGUAUAUGAAAGACAAGCCAACUAAAUGGGGAAUAAAGCUUUUUGUGUUGGCCGAGUCAAGCAGUGGCUACACUGUGAGUUUUAGCUUAUACACUGGCAAGACUCACACUGCAAGUGAGCAUGGGCUGUCUUAUGAUAUGGUAAUGAAACUUAUUCAGCCAUCUUAUCUUGGCACCGGCUACCAUAUUUACAUGGACAAUUUUUAUACCAGUCCUACACUGUUCAAGGACCUGGCCAGCAAAAAGUUUGGAGCUUGUGGCACUUAUAGGGAAUCCAGGAAGGGAUGCCCUAAAGGGAGGCCAAAUGCUCUCACUAAAAAAAGUGGAAGAGGAUCAGUGAGAUGGAUCAGAGAGGGCCCAGUGGUCUUUGUGAAGUGGAUGGACACACGGGAGGUGUCUGUCUGCUCAACUAUCCAUCCUGCGUUUUCAGGUGAGACGGUGCAAAGGAGGGUGAAGAAUGAAGUGAAACGCUGGAUUGUGAAAGACAUUCCAUGUCCUACACCAGUCAUGGCGUACAAUAAAUACAUGGGUGGGGUUGACCUGUCUGAUCAACUCAUCCAGUAUUACUCUGCACAACGGAAAACUUAUCGUUGGUACAAGACUGUGCUUAUGCAUUUGGUUGACAUUGCCACAGCAAAUGCCUACAUCCUACACCAAGAGUUGUGCAAAGCCAAAGGAGUGAAGCCCAUGACACACAAAGACUUCAAUGUGGAGAUGGCCAGUCAGCUUUGCAGUGUGGACAUGGCAGGUGUUCCAAGGAGAAAGGCAGCUGAACACAUUCCUGUGCCCAUUAGUGCUCAGCAAAAUGCCAGAAACGGCAGACUGCAGUGCAGACACUGCCUCCAGGUGAACAAAGUCAGGAAGGACACGCAAUGGAAAUGUGAGGGCUGUGAUGUGCCAUUGUGCCUUCUGAUUGACAGAAACUGCUUUGCACAGUGGCACAAGUAAUUUGUGAUGGAGAUAUUGACAUAUUUUGUAAAUAGUUGUAAAAAAAAACGCCUGGGAAAUUACCCACAAUAUGGUGAAAAUAUGACUAGUAAU